AUGGUCCGUUGCUCGCACAGAGGAUGUGGAAAGGAAUUUGACCCUCUAAGUCUCGAUGAAAUCUGUAUCUACCAUCCUGGAGGACCGGUAUUUCAUGAGGGUUUGAAGUCCUGGUCAUGCUGCAAUACAGUAAACAAGCCCGUGCUAGACUUUGAGGAGUUCACGAAAAUCACGGGGUGCACCCGUGGUACUCAUACUACAGAGACGUUGAAGGAAGAGUCUUCUAGACCUCUUCCAAGUGCAAGCGAGAGUAUCAAGAUGACUUCGUCCCAGGAUGGCAAAGAAGUAUACGGAGUACCUUCGAUCGCGAGCACAAAAAAGUCCAGCCAGACCGCCUCUAUCAUACCUUCCGACAUAACGCCCAGUCAACCUGUAGAAGAAGAGGAUGACCUAGACGCUCCAGUAGCCCCCGGUACCACAUGCCGCCACAACGGAUGCAGGGUCGUGUUCGUAAGCGAUGAACAGAAUCGAAAGGGCGAGGGACCUGGUACGUCUUGCACGUAUCAUCCGGCAAAUGGUUACCUUUGCUGCAAGCGCCGUGUCCUUGAGUUUGACGAGUUCCUCAAAAUCGACGGCUGCAAGCGGGGUCGACACGUGUUCGUCCCGAAAGCAACCAAAGGGAUUGAAGGGGUCGAGGAGUUGGUGGAAUGCCGCAUAGAUCAUUACCAAACGCCUCACACCGUUCAGGUAUCUGUAUUCGCCAAACAAGCGGACUUGACACGCAGCACUUUGACUUUGGAGGACGAACAGGUCCAUUUGGAUAUCUAUCUUCCUGGCGCAAAACGAUUCCGUCGGUCUCUCAAUCUCUUUGGACAGAUUAAUAUCUCAGAGUCGUCUUAUAAAUUCUUUGGAACGAAGGUUGAAAUUACCUUGAGAAAAGCAGAUGGGAAAAGCUGGACAUUGCUGGAAAAGACAGAUCAAGAUCUUGGAAACAUUGCACUUACCUUCGGCGUCGGUGGUAGAACGGGUACGAUCGGUGCAAAAGAGCUGGCCAAAUGA